AUGUCUGGCUCUCUUACUAUGACUAGCUCGGACGGCGUCGAGAUCACCGUCGAACGCGAUGUUGCCGAGCGCUCUCUGCUCAUUAAGAACAUGCUCGAAGAUUUGGGUGAAACCGGAGAAGCUAUCCCGAUCCCUAACGUCAACGAAGCUGUCCUCAAGAAGGUCAUCGAAUGGUGCCAGCACCACAAGAACGAUCCCCCCAGCACUGGCGACGACGACGACUCUCGCCGCAAGACCACCGACAUCGAUGAAUGGGACCAAAAAUUCAUGCAGGUCGACCAAGAGAUGCUGUUCGAAAUCAUCCUGGCCGCCAACUACCUUGACAUCAAGGGCCUCUUGGAUGUUGGUUGCAAGACCGUCGCCAACAUGAUCAAGGGCAAGUCCCCCGAAGAGAUCCGCAAGACCUUCAACAUCCAGAAUGAUUUCACUCCGGAGGAAGAGGAUCAGAUCCGUCGCGAGAACGAGUGGGCCGAGGACCGCUGA